AUGGGCUGUUCAUCAUCUACCACUCAGGCUCUCGCUCAGGAAAACAGACCUAGCGCCAAAUUUGAGGAGACGGCCUAUGUCGCGACUAAUGGCAGUGUGGCGGCGUAUGCCGAGACAAUAGCGGACCAGAUGCAGCUGCCAGUGCAAAGUGCCCUGCCUGAGGGGCUGGGCCCCAGGCCAGGGGACAGCCAGGCUCCUGUUGCCCGCAAGGCUCUGCGUAACGUAGGACUGGAGAGAGAGCAGGCAGCCGAUGGGUCUGAGCCUACUGUGGGGAGCGACCUGAUCCAAACAGCCGAAGUUGCAGUGAAUAUAGCCCCAGAGAUGCCAGCAGACACCGCUGAGUCUCUGACCCCUCAAGAAGACAGCAUCUUUGUAGAAGGAGUAACAGCAAAGGAAGCCUUUGGGGCUAGUCCUGCUGUGAAAGAGGUGGAUCCUUCAGAGGCUGCACCUCCUGCCAACGUCUCAGGACUUUCAAAGUGUGUUGCCGCAUUUCCUGUUCCUGCAGCAACUUCAGGUCCUGAGGAGGAGCUGGUGGGGUGUGGAACCCUGGCGGACGCGGCUGCGAUGGAAGCAGCGUUUGAAGAGGCCUCAUUGUCUCUGGAGUUAACUCCAGCUGUGGAACCUGCGACCACUGCAGGAUUGGCCCCAACGCCAGAGCCCACUCCUGCUCCAACUCUGAGAGACACUUCUGCUGCAGCACUGGUUCCAGCUUCUAAACCUUCCCUAGUUCCAGAAUCCUCUCCAGCUAUGGAACCUUCACCAGCUCCAGAGCCUGUUCAGAUGGAAGCAGCAGCAGCCGCAGUUGCAGCAAGAGCAGUGCUGCAGGCUAUGCAGGAACACGCUUCACUUGCAGGGACAAGCAUGGAUGCAGACACUCAGGCUCUCGAGGCCCCUGGAGGUGGUGUGUUGGAGGGUACAAACUUGCAGACUGAGAUUAAAAGGAACAAAAUUGAGGUGGCUGUAUCUGCAGCUGAGAUGGCUGCUGCCACUGAGGAGUGAAGCAGCAUGCACGUUUGGCACUGCUAGGCAGGAAACACCAGCAGAAUGGAAUAUUCCACAGGACCAAAGACAGAAGACAACAUGAAUCGCACACACACACACACACACACACACACACACACACACACACACACACACACACACACACACAUAUAUAUAUAUAAAAUAUGCAUUUUUAUUAGCACUAAUGAACACUCUGAACUUUAGUGGGGAGAUGAUUUGUUUAGUGAAAUGAUUUGUUAGAGGUAUGGGCUAAUUGGUUUAGUCUGAAGAGGGAUGGAAUCCUAUAGAAUCCUGUACACAAAUACGCAUUUCCUUUUAGUAUUAGUGUUAUUUUUGUAUGGCUGCAGCCCCUGCAGACUGAGACAGAAAGCAGUUGUCCAGGCCAGUGGCUCAGUAGAGUAAGCAGUUAGCAUAACUCUGGGCCAGGUUAUGGAAGACCCUCUUUACAGUGGCACAUCCUCCCAUCUCAGUCUCAAAAGAAUGACUGUGAAUUGUUCUAUUCAGACUUUUUCGAUUUAUUGACUCCUUUAUUGCCACAUGACAUGCCAUUGCUAAGUUUAUCCAGUGUGUCAAGAUGUAACUUUGUUGUGGCACAGUACACAUAAACAUACAAUAUUUUAUAUAUAUAUAUACAAUAAAGUGUACCAGAGUUUAUAUGUGAAAAUAAUGGAUGGUCAUAUGGCAUUUUCUUUUGUGGAUUUAGAAGAACUUAUUGCAAAAGGGAAAAGGCUGUUCUUAAACUGGGUUGUCUUAAUAUGUCUGUUUUGAUAUGAGCAGAUGUGACAUUUAACAACAUGUGACAUAAUGGCUUGCUCUGAGGGACAAGAUGUCAGAAACACUGAUAAUUCUAAAAUAAUGAAUGGCAACAGGGAAAUGUAUGGAACAGAGUAGUAUAAUGUCGGUAUGAGGACUGAUGUUUUAUUCCUUCCCUCUCUUCUAAAAACUAACACUAAAAACAAGAUUUGCCUUGUUUAUUUAUAUGCUUCUUAAGUUCUAAUUUUGUCAAUAUGAGGCCUGUGAGGGCAAAGUCCAGUCCGUCUGGACGAUCCAAUUCAUCAGAUCAUCUGGGAGGAAGUGUGGCCAUCAGUCAACACCUGCUGUGGUUUUUUUGGUAGCGUGUAUUGUGUGCUAAUACGUUGUUUGUCUCUCCGCUGGCUCUGUGAAACUGCUGGACUAGCUUCACUAAAGUGGACUAGCUUAAUGUGGCCUAUAAACUCAUCGGUUCAGCAUUUUCUAUGAAAAUGUAAAGUGCUUUACUGAUACUGUUCUAUUCUGCUGUGGAGCUGAAUGUCAGACUGUCUUCUCCUGUUUGAUUAACAUUGACAGCUAUUAGGGGAAAUGCCUUGUAGUGAAUUUUUAAACUGUGUAGCAUGGCUUUUGUAUUUUUCGUUUUGUAGUGUACAGAACA